AUGUACAGGCCUGCUCCCUCUCCAAUUCUGGCCGGCCGUUCUCACGUCUACCCAGGGGCAGUCGUAGCCUCGCAGCCCCGCAGCCGGGUAAACACGCGCCGGAGUCUCGGAAGCGGUUUCCCGGCGUCCUGGGAGCCAGCGGGUCCCGCCCCCCGGAGCCAACAGCCCGGAGUCCGCCGGGCCGCCACCGCCGCCACCUACGACCGCUCUUCCCGCCCCGGGCGCCACACCUCACUGCACGGGGACCGGCCAGUCCGCUGCCGCCGCCGUCGCCUCAGCCCCAGACGGACAACUGUCCCUUCCCCGCCGGCGGCCCGGCGCCUCCCGCGGCGGCCCAGCACCAGCGCGGCCCCCUCACCGCCCAAGCACAGCCCCUUCAUCGCCGGGACGGCCCGCGCCGCGCGGGGCACAGCCUCGGCUCACAGCCUCAGAGACACCGAGGAACACUCACCCCGGAGGCUCCUCCCGCCGCUGCUGCUGCUGCUGCUGCCGCCGCUGGGACCGCGGCCGUCGCCCCCGCCGCCGCCACCACCAGCACCGCCGUCCGCACCGGCGCCAGCACCCCCAGCCAUCCUCCUCCUCCUGCCGCUGCCGCCGCCGCUGCUGCCCUCUCCGCUCCUGUCAGUGGCUCAGGCUCCGGGACUGCUCCUGGUUUCCCUCGCCGCCAUUUUGACUCCUAGAGGGAGCAUCGGCUCGGCGCGGCCCUACGGCGCCUGCGCGGCGCUGCGGAGCCGACCCGAGCCCCGCCCGCUCCCGACGUACAGCGUUCGGGAUCAUGUGGGCGCGCGCGCCGGGCUGAGCCGUUCGCGGGACCCGGAGCCGCCUGAGCCGAGACGUGGCUGUUGGACUCGUCGUGAUUUUCAUGACGUUCUUAACCCCGUGUGGGUAUAUGCUGAGCAAUCUGAACCAGUUCAGAAGAGAUUAGAUGGAAGACGAUGUAGAGCAGCUGUUAACGCCCAACAAGAUUUCAGAAAAGCUGUGGCUUCUUUAAAUGAGUAAAAAUGCUAAGUUGGGUUGAUGCAACAACCAC